AUGGCAAAGACUUCUAAUAAUUCUGAUGAACAAGCUCUGAUUGGUUUCAAGGCUGCUCUCUCUGUUGAUCCAUAUAAUUCUUUGUCCGAUUGGUCUCCCAACCACAACUUUUGCAAUUGGACUGGUGUUACAUGCUCUUCUCGUCGACAGCGUGUGGUUUCCUUGAAUCUCACAGGUAAGGGAUUACUUGGACAUAUCUCUCCAUUACUGGGAAACCUUUCCUUUCUUAGAACAGUUGAUCUUUCUAAUAACAGCUUCCAGGGCCAUAUUCCAUAUCAGAUCGGAAGGCUUUUUCGCCUGAGAAGGCUUCUUCUAUCUACCAAUAAAUUAGAAUCCUCUAUACCGUCUUCUCUUGCAGGCUGUCGAUCGUUGCAAUAUCUAAGUUUCUUAUAUAACAAUCUGAGCGGACCCAUUCCCUUUGAGCUUGGCCUUCUUCCACGUUUAGAGACCAUUUGGUUAGAUAAUAACAACCUGAAAGGCACAAUCCCAUUAUCCCUUGGUAACCUGUCCUCAUUAACUGAGUUGAGAUUGAGAUCCAAUAGUCUCUAUGGACGUAUUCCUGGGGAAUUGGGAUUGCUCGGUAAACUUAGAACGCUUGAUCUGGAGUUCAAUUACUUGACAGGAUCAAUUCCCACUGCCCUUUCUAAUUGCACUCUUCUAGAAAGAGUCCGACUAGCUGAUAACCUCUUAACUGGCCACAUUCCCUGGGAGUUUGGCACCCUAUCAGAGUUGCAAGGAUUGCAUCUAUUUACAAACCAAUUCACGGGAGAAAUUCCUGGUUCUCUCUCUAACUGUACGCUUCUUCAAAUUCUUGAUUUAGCGCUCAAUAAUCUGACCGGUACGGUGCCCUUGGAGUUUGGCAGAUUGCUUCAGCUUCGAUGGCUUAAUUUGUGGAGUUUGGCAGAUUGCUUCAGCUUCGAUGGCUUAAUUUGUGGAGUAAUCAACUUCUUGUACCAUAUAGAUUUGUCUGAAAACUAUUUCACUGGCAUUAUGCCUUCUUCAGUUGGCCUCCUUCCAAGUGGUCUCGUAUGUUUUCGUUUGCGCUUCAAUGAAAUCGAGGGAAGCAUACCAGAUGAGAUUGGCAACCUGACAGGCAUAGUAAUGCUAGAUUUAGGUGCCAACCAUUUCAGUGGCACCAUCCCAACUUCAUUGAGCACACUUCCCAAUCUUGAAAGAUUGAGAUUAGAGAACAAUAAUUUACAUGGAGUAAUUCCAGAGAGUUUUGGUCAGGCAUAA